AUGAGGACCGUGGCGCUGCUGUUUGUUGCGGCGCUGUGUGCGCUGAACGUCGCAUCCGCUCUGAAAAUCUGCGCCUUCAAUGUCCAGAGCUUUGGAGAGUCAAAGGCGAGCAACAAGAAGGUUAUGGGCGUUCUACUGAAGAUUCUCUCUAGGUGCGACUUGUGUCUUAUCCAGGAGGUCCGAGACUCUAAAGGAGAAGCAAUAAAAGCUUUGGUUAAAGAUCUAAACAGAUUUGACAGGUCCAACUCCUAUUCUUACGUGGAAAGCGAAAGGCUCGGAAGGAAGACCUACAAGGAGCAGUACGUCUACAUUUACAGGAACAACGUGCUGGAGGUCAAAGAGCAGUAUCAGUACCCUAAACUAGAAGGAGAGGGGACCAAUGAGACCGACGUUUUCUCCAGGGGACCUUUCAUCGUCCGCUUUCACUCCCCGACUACAUUGUUGAAGGAUUUUGUCCUGAUAGGGCAGCACACAUGUCCAAAAACGGCCAUGAAAGAGAUCGAUGAGCUGUACACCGUCUUCAAAUGGAUUUACAAGAAGUGGAAGACUGAUAAUGUGAUGAUCCUGGGCGACCUGAACGCCGGCUGCAGCUACGUCACCGUCAAGGGCUGGAGGGCCGUGCGCUUAAGGAGCGACCCCAAAUUUCGCUGGCUGAUCGGGGAUGAGCAGGACACCACCGUCCGGGAGAAGACGCACUGUGCCUACGACAGGAUCAUCGUUCACGGACGGGAGAUUACUUCCAGCAUAGUGCCAGGUUCAGCUCAGCCCUUCAACUUUAAAGAAAAUUUCCACCUCACUGAGUCGGAGGCUCUUGAGGUGAGUGAUCAUUUUCCCGUAGAAGUUGACCUGAAGCCCAACCACCGCUACCUCCUGCGCAAUGAGCUGUAGACCACUCAAGACUAUUUGUUUUUAUCUGAUUUGAAUUAAUGAAAUGAAUCACAGCAUCCGACAGAAUGUUUACUGGUAUUUAUGGUUAUUUUAUAAUGACUCUCAACUCAUCAUCAAAGUGGCGUUCAUCUCAGUUAUGUAAGACACCAAUAAAACACGAGCUGCUUCAGCUUGAAGGAACAGAG